AUGGGUGCCGUUGUCUCUUGCAUCCAAAGCGUCUUCCGCGCUAUCGGUAGCUGCCUUAUGGCUAUCGUCAACGCUAUCGGCUCCAUCUGCCACGCCAUCAUCAGCGGUGUUGUCACUGUCAUCGACGUGAUCAUCUCUUGCCUCACCUGCGGCUACUGUGGAAAACGUCGGCGCGGACGUCGAUCAGCAGUCUAA